AUGGAUAUCUUUUACCUGGUUUAUUUUCUAACUCACUUUGUUGCUGCAAUCUUUGUCGAUCUUCCAAUCUCUGAAUGGGUGCAAGACAAAUAUCCUUCCCUUUCAGCUGUUCGACGCUUUUAUUUGAACAACUAUGAUGAUCCAAUUCUAAAAAGCCAUGCUCCAUGGCAAUAUGGUUUAUUCGUUUCUGAAGCACUCAUCCAGCUUCCGUAUUUUUUAUGGGCCUCCUAUAGCAUCUGGAAAGACACACAAAGUCCUGUAUUAUGGCUUUCGAUGUUGAUGUAUGGAAUCCAUGCUGCCACGACAACUUGGAUCUGUAUCUUUGAACUUUAUGCUCAACAAAAAUGGAUUUUAAUUUCUUUUUACCUUCCUUAUUUGGUGAUUCCUUUGUUGAUGGCGAAAAUGAAUCAAUUAUCUGUUGAAGAGAUACGCCGAACUAUUUUAUCCACACCAAUACUUUUAAAUCGCGUACAAAGCGAAUUCCCACAAUUAGCAGAAGUUUUAGAAGAUCCUGAGCGAUUUGCAUCUAUUUGGCAAACAUUAAAUUUUUCACAACUCCUAUCAACACCUCAGUCGUCUGGUCCCGCUCCCCUUUCUAUGCCUACGAUUCCUGAUGAUCAAUUGUUCGAUGUAGAAGUCCAACGAAAAAUUGAAGAGCAAAUUCAUCAAUCCAAUAUAGCAGAAAAUAUGCAAAACGCCAUUGAAAAUCACCCAGAGGUUUUCGGGCAAGUAUAUAUGCUUUUUGUCGACGUUGAGAUUAAUGGACACAAAGUAAAAGCUUUCGUAGACUCAGGGGCUCAGGCUACCAUUUUGUCUGCCGACUGUGCUUCACGCUGUGGAUUGACUCGAUUAUUGGAUACGAGGUUUUCAGGUGUCGCAAAGGGUGUAGGCAUGGCAAAAAUACUAGGCUCUGUACACAGUGCUCCUUUGAAAAUUGGGAGCCUGUUUCUUCCUUGUCGUUUUACUGUCAUUGAGGGUCGCGACGUUGAUAUGCUUCUUGGUUUAGACAUGUUACGCAGAUAUCAAGCAUGCAUCGAUUUGGAAAAUAACGUUCUUCGAAUUCAUGGACAAGAGGUUUCUUUCUUAGGGGAAUCUGAAAUUCCGAAAAUGCAUGUUGCUUCUCAAGCACCCGGAGUCGAGGCUAGUCCUUCGGACGCUCCUGCAUCUAAUACCUCUAGUGGAAUGCGUUUGGGUACGAAAAAUGAUACCAAACCAUCUCCAAGUGCUUCUGUGGCUUCAAGUACCCCUAAUAAUCCUAUCGUUAAUGUAUCAGGGGAUCCUGCGGUUGAAUCAAAGAUUGCUCAGCUUACCGGUAUGGGCUUUGAUCCGUUAGAAGCAGCUCAGGCUUUGGAUGCGGCUAAUGGAGACGUUGAUGUUGCAGCUUCUUUCCUUCUGUAA